AUGUCUGUCCAAAGUUUUUACUACGGACAAAUUCUCUUUACUGACUGGCUGAUUUACAGUGCAAGCUCCGCGACGGUGAAAACAGUCUCUCAUCGUCCCCAAAACACACAGAAUAGUGAAGCCUCCGGACUUCAAGGACAACGCCUUGAUAAGUUUCUCGCCGAGCCCCUCGAAGACGGGAACAGGCUCGUCUUGCUACCCGACCAACCUCGGGAGGUCAACACUGCUGUCAAGGCCCACCGCAAGAGAGCAUCUGGCAUGCUGAGAGAGUCAAAAACGAAAUAA